AUGACGCGCAAGAGGAAAUCGGAGGACAUUGAGGAGAUUGAAGACCAACCUGCCGGCGCCGUCACGCCAACGGGUAGCCCGCCGCUCAAGAAGAUGAGAAUCACACUGCAGCAGAAGCAAGCACUGAUGGACAACCUCCAGCUUGAGAUUACUGAACGAGCACGACAACUUCGAGCAGGAUAUGCUCUCCAAUGCGCCGACCUUAGAGCUCGAAUCGAAAGACGCGUCAAUCGGAUUCCUCUCACUAUGCGAAAGAUGACCAUGAGGGAACUCAUGGAACAACACCAACCUGCGCGCCCGGUCAAGGACGCUCCUCGGGCAUCGCCGCCUAAGCAAACAAUAUCAGUCGAGGUCCCUACGCCCAAACGCAAACCGCUGCCUCCUCUCCCGCAGGAACAUGCCUCGACCAAGCUACAGUCUUCGGCUCGGCAACAAGCUCAACAAGUUCAACAAGCUCCUACUCGAGGCAAGAAGCGCCCGAGUUCCGAGAUCCAAAUCGCUUCGGACAAAGAGAACGAAAGACACCCCGACACUCUCCCUGUGGUCAAGAACAAUAAGCGUCCCAAAGCAACAACCGCCCAGGCAACCCGCACCACUUCGCGCACAGCCAAACACCCAACCACCUCAGUCCUGUCUCCUCGUUCCCACAACUCCCGCACACUCCCACGCUCACCUAUUAAAGACCUCUACCUCCCCACCUCGCCAGCUAAAAGCAUGAUUGCACGACCAACCACGGCAAUGUCUCCAGUGAGGUCAACUUCCCCUUUCAAAUCAGCCGCUACUGCCGCGACCUCCGCCAUCUCAGCCAGCAUGCACGGGAUGUACGAACAAGCCAAACGCGGCGGAACAGCCACGGCUGCGAAACUCACGCGAACAGCGUCCAAGGAGAAGAAAGAGACAAGCACAGCAGUGGCGAAGGGCCAAAUGCUUCCUCCACCCAAACCAAAGCCAAGCGUUCCAGCAUCUCCGCAACGCACGUUCUCACAAGCAAGCACGCACAGCAACUCGACCGAUGUUUCUGCUGCAUCGAGCGGGACCACCGUCGUGAAGCCUAAGCGUGGUGGCCGCACCGCUACUGCUGUGUCGAAGACUGCCAAGAUCGCAGCCGAACCAGUGAGUCCGGCGGAGAAGAAGAAGAAGGGAGGUGUGGCACGGGCGGCAUCGGUCGCGAAGACCGCGCUCAAGAGAAAUGCAGGCACUACCCGGACAGCAAAUAAGAAGGUCGUGGUUGCAGAGCCAGCAGCUGGAAAGAGAGUGCUGAGGAACAGGGCAUAG